AUGGCGAGCGUGCAGCAGUACCUUUCGGUGCUGGCCGGCGCGCAAUCGGGAGCUAAUGCCGAUGCCCAGCGCGCGGCUGCGCAGAUGCAAAUCGAGCUCAAGAACGGAGAUCCGCGGAACGCCAUCAACCUCUGCAUGCAGCUCAUCGCGCGCGGCCAGCCCCUCGAGGCGCGCCACUUCGGCUACGGCGUCCUGCAGCACGUGGUCGCCAGGCGAUGGUCGCAAUUCACGCACCCCGAGCGCCAGGAGCUCGCCAAGCUCGUGUACGAUAAGCUCUCCGAGUGCGGCGCGGUCCCGACGAGCGAGCCCCCGGAACCUUUCAUGAUCAAGAGCAAGGCGGCGACGCUCAUGGCCGAGGUUGUCCGGCAGGAGGGCGCCGCGUUGUGGAGCUCCAUCAUGCCGGAGUUGGCGACGGGCGCGUGCUCCGACUCCCCCGUCCGCGCGGAGCUCUCGGCGCUGGUGAUGCGGUACGUCGCCGAGGACGUCGCCGUGUACAACUCGGACAUCAUCGGGGGACGCAUGAAGGAGCUGCUCUACGGCCUGACGUCCACGCUGCCCCAGGCGCUGCAGGCGAUGUACCGACUGCUGGAGGUUCACUUCUCGGCGGCGAUGAACGCCGCCGCCGCCGGAAACACCCCCGUCGCCAAGGCACACGCCGCCGCGGUCUCCGCGGCCCUGAGCGCCGCCGCGGUGUACGGCGAGUGGGCGCCCCUCGCCCCGCUGAUGCGAAGCGGCGUGCUCGACGCCUGUUGUCAGCUGUUGUCCUCGGGCGCGGAUAUUGCGUUUAGAGCGCAGGCGUGCGAGGUGCUUCGUCACGUCGCGCAUCGGCGCAGGGGCGACACGGUCAACAGCGCCAUCGCCAGCGGAGCGGCGGGCGUCGUCGCCGGGGGUAAGAACGCGUCGUCCGGAGGACCCGCGGCGUUGGCGGCGGCGGAUGCGGAUGACGCCGCUCGCGAAGCCGCGGCGGAUGCCGCCGCCGUCGUCGUCGGACUCGAGGGAAUCUGCCGCGGGUUGGGCAUCGCCGCGCAGCGGGUCCUCGCCGCCCCACCCGCGGAGGUUGGGUCGGAGGAAGGGGAGUACGCGCGGCGGCUGACGGAGACGGUCGCGACGGUGGCGGCGAACCACGUCCAGGUCAUCGGCGACGAGGGGUUACGCUUUGCGUUCCUCGAGGCGCUCCUCGGACUGACCAAGCACCCGAGGCUGGACGUCCUCGCCGCGGCGAUUCCCGCGUGGCCGGGGCUGCUCAGGGCGAUGGGCGCGGAGCUUCCCGGGACGUUCGUGAGGCCGGAUAAGGCGAUCGGGUCGGGUGUGUGGGGCGCCCAGCAGCGGGGGGGAUUCGGCGGGGGCGGCGGCGGCGUCGAGAACGGAGCGUCGGCGGGGGCAAGCGGGGGGGGUGUUUCGCUCCCCGGGGGCGCCGUCGCGGCGCUGCUGGAGUGCGCGAGGACGUGGCUGCAGCGAGGCGGCGGGCUCGCGUCGGGUCUCUCCACCGCGGGGGCGCCCGAGUGCAAGGGAGACGAGUGGGAGGACGAGUACGAGACUCGAGACGAGCUCCGGGAGGCUUGGAUCGGUUUGAGGGCGCGACUCAUGGAGGUGACCAAGCUGUGCACCGCGCUCGAGCCGGCGGCGGCGGCGGCGGCGAUGGCGGGGUCCGUCACGGCCGUGCUCGGCUGGGUCCAGCCGGGGGGACCGCUGGACCCCGCCAAGGCGGCCGCGAUGGGACCCGACGGGCGCAGCGCCGUCGACGACGCCAUCGGAAGCGCGCUGGAGGGAUGUGUCAGCUUUGUCGAGCCGGCGAUGGCGGCGAUGCCCCUGUCGUCCGCCAACCCCGCCGCCGCCGCCGCCGUCGCGCCCGCGCUGGAGGGGAUGCUGACGCGGAUGCUCGCGGUGGAGUUCUCAUCCCCGGUCGCGGUCUCGCAGAUGUCGAGGCUGCUGGAGUCGAUGGGGAGGACGGCGCUGGUCCGACCGGAUGCCGGGACGGCGCUGCUGCACCGGCUGUUCGCCAUCCUUUCCGGGUUGCCCGCGGAUGACGUCAAGUCGCCGCCGGCGAGGGCCAAGGCGGCGAUGACGGCGGGGCGGACGUCGCAGGCGGCGCGGCAGAGGGUGUGCGCCGCCAUCCUCGGGGUGUGCGCCGCGGCUCCUGAGGUGUUCAACGCCCAUCUCGAGGCUUUCGCGAACCAGGUGGAUUCCCUGCGAAGCGGGGGCCGGCUCAGCGGCGCCGAGCGAGGGGCUCUCGCCGAGGCUCUACUCGCCGUCGCCGGUCCAAGCGGCCCGGCCCGGGUCCGCGACGUGCUCCGCUGGCUCCUCGAAUCCGUCCAGCGGCGGUGGGUCCCGGCGCCCGGGGUGGUGUCCCCGGACCUCGUCCACCUGGCGUCCCUUCGCGAGCUCGCCAAAGGGGAGGGCGCGGGGGGGACGCAAGGGCUCAGCGACGCGCACUGGGAGCUCUUCCACGACGUUCAGCUCGCCGAGCGAUGCCUGCGAAGGUCGGCGGGGGACCACGACCCGGGGCAGCAGGACGGCGGCGGCGGGGGCCCGGGGGGUGGAGGCGGUACCUCCGCGGCGAACGGGAGCGACUCCCCCGACAAGAUGUCGCAGGGGAGCGGCGGCGCCGGGGGAUGGCCGAACAUCCCGGCGGGGAUGGUUCGCCCGGUUGAUCCGCCGCCGCCCGUCGAGGAAUGCCCCGCCGCGGAUCACCUGGAGUGGGUCCUGUCGAUAUCCAACGCGCUCUGCCGCGCGAUUCACGACGCGUGGACCCCGAACGGCGUCGCCGAGGCGGCGGCGCUGGGCCUGGACCGGGCGCUGUGCAUGUCUCCCGAGGAGCAGGCGGCGCACCUGGUGCACGGCCCCGCGAGGACGUUCGCGUUGGAGGGGGGCGGGAUGCCCCCGGCGUCGGACACCGCCGACGCCGCGAGGAACUUCCUCCGAGGUAUGAGGGACUCCGCCUACGCCCUGGUCCAGCUCCUGUCGGUGCACGCGCCCGGGGCGUUUUAUCCAAACCGGGCCGCCGCCGCCGCCGUCGGCGCCGCCGCGUUUCACGAGUUGGGACACAUGCACGACAGGCACGCGCGGGUGCUGCUUCACACGCUCGUCAGGCCCGUGCUCGGUCGAUGCCCCGCGGCGCACCGGCCCAUCUGGCACGCCGCCCUCACCGCGGGGCUGCUCCCGCACAUGCACGAGCGCCUGGCGGGGUCCUGGGCGCGGGUGAAGGCUUCCGGGGUUGGGAAAGCCGGGGGCGGGGCGGGCGGGAUGAUGGAGGACGACGACGGGGCGUUCGACGCCGGGGCGCUCGCGGUGGGCGGGGUCAACACCGGUGGAGGAUCCGCGGUGAUCGAGGACCUCAUCGGGGAGCGCGUGACCCGGGACCUCGCGCGGGACCACUCGGCCAUCCUCGAGCUCCUCGCCGUCCCCGAGGGCACCUUCGGGCGAAAGACCCGCGGAAGCGGUUUGACGGGGCACCUGCGCGGCGCGAUGAACGGGGUCAACACCGGCGUUACAUCCGGCGGCGGGGGCGAGUCAUCAUCCGGCGCGGCGGCGGCGCGGCUGGCGGACGGGGGCGGGAGGCACGUUCGUGAGUGGAUGUCCGCCGUCGCCGGAUACGACGGCGGAUCCGGGGCGUGCGCGAGAGCCGGCAUCGCGACGGCGACGGCGGCGCUCACAUGGGGGGACAGCGAGGCUGCGGGGAGGGCGCUGGCGUUCCUCAAGGGGAUCGUAGCGGCUGCGGCGGCGGCUGACGGGGACCAGACGCUGCGGGAGAUGGCGGGCGGGGAGAUUUUCCCCGGGUGUCUCGCGGGGCUCACCGAGCCGAGCAACAGCGCGCACCAGGCUGAGCUGCUCGGGGUUAUCCGAGACAUCGUGGUGCACCUGCUGCCGGUGGCCGGGUCCGUGCGGCGGGUGCUGCUGGGACUGCCGGGGAUGACGGAGCAAUCCUUGGGGCAGCUCAUCAACGACCUGGCGCAGAUUCGCAGCGAGAAGAAGGCGGCGAACAGGGUCAAGGAGAUGAUUGUGCAGGCUGCGGGCGGGGGCGACGCUCUCAGGGCGUUUGCGGAGGCGAGAGCCGGCGCCACGAGCACGGGCGCGAUCCAGGUCCCCAACGUGACCACGAGGCAUCAGGCGAACAGGUUAGAGGCGGCGGCCAAGCCGGGGUGGACGGAGGAGGAGGUCAACGCGAUCGGCCUCAACCCUCUCACCGCAAACUCCAGGGCGCAGCAGUGA